AUGUCUUACGAAUUACGUGAUCAGAUUUCUAAGUAUAUAGGUUUUAGUCCUAAAGAAAUUUGUCUUCCAAUUACAGAUGAAGAUAAACAACUUUUUCAGGAAUUAAUAUCAGAUCAGAAGAUGAUUGAUAUUGUAAUGGACGAGUAUCGAUUUUUGCUUCAUCACGGACAUAACUACAAGGGUGGGAAAUUAAUACAUAUAAUGUGGGUAUAUAUAUGUACUGAAAAAGAUGCUGAGAAAGUAUUGAUAGAGGCACCUUCAUCAAAGAUAUUAUCAAGAAAGGUAUUAGCCUAUAUUGAAAAAAGAUUCAAAGAUUUACCUCUCGUGCCAGUGAUUAUAGUUGAUUAG